UCUUUCCGAUUAGGCGGUGCGUCCAUUCACCAGCCCCACGCCUCCCAAAAUCGACGGGAAAUCCUUAAUCAUCUUUUUUUCAUCCUCUCCCUGCCUUUGUCCCUACGCCUCCCGAAGCCGCUCCUCCACAACUUUUUUUCUCCGCCAUUUUACUUCGAUCCCACGUCAAGCCCUUCCCCGCGAGGUGAACUGUCAAAACGAAUCGCCGUCCAUUGUUGUCCAUCGAACUCUCGAUUUUUGCCAAAAGCUGCCGCUUUUCGGCCACCUUCCGAUGGCGAAUCGCGAUGCCGAUUUCGAUUUCUCCGCCGCCAAGCAGCGGCGGCCGUCGCUGUUCAACCGGUCGUUCACCAUGCACGCGGAGCCCGCGGAGAAGCCCUCCUCCGGGCAAAAGCCCUCUUUGGAGCGGGCUGGCUCGGUCAAGAGCAUCUACAGCUCGAUCGAAUCGUUCAUGCCCUCCGGCGAUUCCAUCAAAGGCAAGGUCCGGAGGCUCCGCAGCUUGUUUGAAUCCGCCAAGCCCUCGUCUCGGGGCGUCGAUGAGACCCAAACCGCAGCUCCCGCCCCUUCUUCGAAGCUGAAGCCCGCGAAGUCGGUCGAUCCCGGGUUUGAUCAGGGCUGCUCGUUUAGGUUGCCGGGCACGGAGGAUAGGAUCGUGGUCUAUUUCACCAGUUUGCGUGGGGUUCGGAGGACGUUCGAGGAUUGUUACGCGGUGCGGAUGAUAUUGAGGGGAUUCAGGGUUUGGGUCGACGAGAGGGAUUUGUCGAUGGACUCGGCGUACAGGAAGGAGCUGCAGGGUGUGUUGGGGGAGAAAAAUGUUAGCUUGCCGCAGGUCUUCGUUGGAGGCAAGUAUGUGGGCGGAGCGGAUGUGAUCAAGCAUCUUUUUGAAGUUGGCGAAUUGGCAAAAAUUCUCGAGCGGUUUCCGAAACGGGCGCCUGGGUUCGUGUGCGAUUGUUGCGGGGAUGCGAGGUUUGUCCCGUGCACGAAUUGCAGCGGAAGUAGGAAGGUGUUUGAUGAAGAUGAAGGGGCAUUAAAGAGGUGUUUGGAGUGCAAUGAGAAUGGGUUGAUUCGCUGCCCUGAUUGCUGUUCUUGAACAGUCAAAAAGAAAGUUCCCGCACUGUUUUCUGCAAAUAUUCGAUGCUCAUUUGCUGAAUUCUCCUUUAAGACUGUCUGCCGUUGAGUCGGUCAAAAGGUGGAUAUGUCUUUGGAUUUGGGAUGUGAAUCCACAUAGGGUUCAUGUUGGGUGUUCUUUGUUAACUAAUAUUAGUUGGGAUUGAUGUUCAUCAUCUCUCUGAACAGGCUCAAGGGGGAUUGUACUUACUACUUAUAUAGUGAAGACAACAGCUGUCUUCUUCAUCAGAUUGUAAAUAUGUAGUCCAUAACAAGGACAAGGAUGCAAAUAUUGUCUCGGAUGGAUUGUAGAGAAAAGAGGUUUAUUGAUCCUCUAAUUCUCAAUGAUUGAUUGCCAGGAAGGGCAAUUCCUGGUACCCUUGUUUUUUUUUUUUUUUUUGGGGGGGGUGUGAAUCUCAUGUAUUUAAGGUCUUUAAUUAAAAGUGGUUUCCACUUUCGUCUACUGCUUUAUUUUUCUCUGGACAAUUAAAUUGUAUGAAGAGGUAUCAUGAGACUUGGGAGUUAUUUUCAUGAGAAUUCAACAGGAAAAUGGGAUGCAUUCUGUUGCAAUUA